UUUUCGUUGCAUACUUUAGCAUUUGAAGGAUUGAUGAUUUCUGAUAAUUCAAGCUACAUUGCUGUAGUUGCCAUUGAUUUUGGAACCACAUACAGUGGUUUUGCGUUUGCCUUCAACCACAAGGAAGGAGAAGGUGGUAUCCAUAUGAACAAGGCAUGGGGAAACGAGCAAGGUUUUUCUAAUCUGAAAACUCCAACGUCAUUGCUUCUUCGUCCCGACGGUCAAUUUGAUUCAUUUGGAUUUGAAGCAGAUGAGAAAUACGCCAACUUUUUUAAUGGAGAAGAUCAAGAGUACAUGUAUUUCAAACGAUUCAAAAUGACACUUCACAAAUCUGAGGUAAAAUCUUUAAGCUAUGAACGCUUGUUUACCUAUGUUAUAUUUCUGCUUAUCCUGCAGUAAAAAAAUAUUCCUGCAUUCGAAGACAGUGAUUGGGAAACAUUCUCAACAAAACUAUUGCACGCAAAUGAUGGCUGCAUCUACAGUCACAAUAACUGAAAAAAUAUAUAAGGACUCGGCCACAGAGGUCUAAUUAGUGUCUCAGAGAGAGGCUGUGGAGAGAGGAAAAGAAAGCGCGCCUCAUCGUCCUCUGUACUCUUGCUGUUUUUGGUUUUUUGAAUUUUAUUUCAAUAGAGUUAAAAAGUGUGACGUCAUAAAAAAUUAAAUUUGUGAAACUAUGAGAUUUGUCAGGAUAUUCUGAAAGAACAAAAUCCGAGAGGCCUACCUGCCAAAAACUAGCAUUGUGGGGCAAAAUGUCUCUGAGAUAUUAGCCCAGUUAUGCUCUGAUGACUCGAUCCAUACAAAUCCUUCUAAAUUUGAAUUGGGCGUAAACGUUUGGACCCUUUUCAGUGGGUUGUUAGCAGAUUUUGUAGGAAUAUGUAAGCGUUACCCUAAGUAGUCUAAGUCUAGCUUGUGAGAUAAUGCAUUCUCAUAUAUAAACUCGUGUUUUUCCAUUGUAGAGUUUGGACCGUAACACUAAGUUGACAGCAAGUAAUGGAAGAAAAUUGGAAGCUCUCACCGUGUUCUCACUUUCAAUAAGAUAUCUCAAAGAUAAAGCUAUCGAAAUAAUCCGUGAGGUGACUGGAGACGAUGGGUACAAUGCUAUAGACAUACAGUGGGUCUUAACGGUACCUGCUAUUUGGAAACCUGCUGCUAAACAAUUUAUGAGAGAAGCUGCCUACAGGGUGAAUAAUACUAAUAUACUUUUCUUUCCUUUCUUUUUUCUCUAUUUUUUGCUAAGUGUGUGAAAAAGUAAAAGGAAUGAAGUUUAUAGAUUUUAACUCGUCAUUACACUGAUCGAUGUUGUUGUUUCAGUUUGUUUCAUUGUUUUUGUUUGUUCUUCUAUCCGUUUUGGUCAUCAGUUCAUGUUUUAAGUAAGGAAUUGAGUGUAACAUAAAAUAACCUUGAGAAAGCUAGAUAGAAAGCCAACCUUGUGAGCGAACUCGCCUCGCAAGGUAAAUUGAAAUUUGCAAAUCAUUGUGUUUCAUUGUUACCUAUGAUGGAAUUUACAUUAUCAGAUUUAUAUUAUAUUAUUUUUUUUUUUUUUCGAUGGACUAAUAUUUUAAGGGUGUAAAAACCCAAAUGCACUCAUAGAAAGCUGACCACUGCGGUCAAAUUGUCUGUAGUAAAUGAACUAUUGCGUUAUUGUGGCUAUAAUAACUCUGCUACGUGUAAUACCAUUCUAUCCUUAUUUCAAGGCUGGUAUUGCUUCUGCUAAUAACCCGGAACAGCUGCUAAUUGCUUUAGAACCAGAGGCUGCAUCAAUUCAUUGCAGAGACAAAAAGAUGAAGGACUUCACAAGUGAAAGGGGUGAUGCUGGUAUAUCUGAUGUCUUCGCACGCCCAGCGGCAAAAUAUUUGGUGGUAGAUAUAGGAGGUAAUCUAAUUGAUUGCAAUAGCACUCAGUUAACCACUUUGAAUUAUAUAUAAACCCAUGUGAAGAAAUACAAGACGGUCUUGGAUUCUGAGUUCCACGCCUUGGAUUGCGGAUUCCAGGUACUGGAAUCCAGUCUUUGUCAGUGGAACUUGGAUUAUAGAUUUUUGAAUUCCUUGAGCUGUUUCUUGACUACAAAGCCCAGGAUUCUGGAUUUCACAAGCAAAAUGUUUCCAGAUUCUGGAUUCCACAAGCAGAAAUUUCACGAUUCCCUUUCAUGCGGCUACAAUUAUCUUGUCUUUGAGUAUUUAAUCAUCCUUACUAGUAGUUUCGAUGCUACAUUUUAUCUUUUGUUGCAUAGAACUAUUCUAAUUAAUUGUCAGACUUCUGAGAUCGACCUCCUUUUCUUACCAUUCUCUAUUUAAGUCGUAUUGAAAGGACUCAGUAAUGGGAGUGAUUUAUAGUAAAAAUAACGCACUUGCCUUGUUAUGAAAUGAACGAGAAAUUAAAAUACUGAGGAUAAGAAGAGGAGCAGAGUGCAGAAGCGCGUUUCUUCAACACUGUAAAUUAGGCGUGUUUGAGCAAAACCAUGCAAGUGUGAUAUGUAGAUGCAAUAGAGGUGGCGUCAGUACAUGUCUGACUUUUGGCUUGCAUUUUCUAUUAGCCUGUGCCGCAGACGAAACUAAACUUUAGUUACGUCCGUCUGCGAAACAGCUCUGAAAUCCUUGAUAUGGGCCCCCACCUGUGUGCCAGGAAUUGAGUACGCGUCAUGACUGUCCUGUUGAAAAUUCCAUUGUCAAUUUGCCAGUCAGAAUGAAAGGAAAUUAGAAACGCUCUUCCGGCAAUUUGUAAAUCCGUUGGGGCCCAGAACAAGGAUAUCGGCGCUGAUUCGCAUACGUUAGUGACUGAGGCUAAAUCAUGUCUGUGACGCAGGCUAUAGCAUUUAUUUGAAAGGUUAUUCGUUUUGGCACAAAAGUGUGCGGGUAUUUUGAACUAAUAUACAACGUUUUCUUUUUCUUUUUAUUAUAAAGGUGGAACUUUAGACGUGACAGCUCAUGAAAUCUUGACAAAUGGCAAUAUAAAAGAAAUAUUCAAGGUAACCGGGGGACCUUAUGGUGGAACAAAAGUUGACGAGGAGUUUGUUUCACUUCUUAAGCGAUUCUUUGGAACUAAAGUGAUGGAAACAUUCUCUGCAAAAUAUCCAGGAGAAUGGCUUGAUAUGAUGAACGAGUUUGAGAUGAAGAAGCGGGGGCGACGAGCGUUCGAGGGUCAAACGACCAGACUUCGACUCCCACGUACCCUAACAGCAUUGAUAUCAGAGUAUCGUGGACCUGCUGGUAAAAUAGAUGGAGUCCAGUUCCUCAGGAAUGAAUAUCUCUGUUUAGACGCCCCAGCGAUGAAAAGGUUGUUUAAGCCAGUUUUGGAUGGAAUCGUGAACCACCUGACCAGCCUGCUGCAGAAUCCGUGUCUUAAGGAAUUGCAAUUUUUCUUUUUGGUUGGAGGCUUCGCCCAGUCUGCUCUUCUCCAGAGUGCCAUCAAAGAGCAAUUUAGUAGCAGGUAGUAUGUCUUAAGGCUUACUUAUUCAAGUAGAUUUUCCAGACCAAACUUCUAUUAAAAAUGAAUGGUGAGCACAGAUAGCAGGUAGUAUGUCUUAAGGCUUACUUAUUCAAGUAGAUUUUCCAGACCAAACUUCUAUUAAAAAUGAAUGGUUAGCACAGAACGCAAUUUGAUCUCGCGCGUUUGGAGCUUCUUUCACCCAUAACCUGUGCACCCGUAUUUUUACCAUUUGUCAAGUGAAAUUUACGCAAAGCACAGCGUUGGAGCAAAAGCGUUUUGACCUUAGAUCGUUGUCCCCGCACUCAGUAACCUUAGUGGUUACUAUUUUAUCUCUUAUCGUUGACAUAUUUUAUCGCAUUUUACUAUUCAUUGUAUUUUUUCUGUUUUAAACUUUUGCUUACUGUUUGUACCGUAUACUUAUGCUAAUCUUUUAUUUUAAUCAGUCUUGAAAAUGUCUUCGGAGAGAAAGUAACGUAUAGUGACCUUUUAACGUCAACUUUUAUCACAAAAUGUAUAUGCAAGAAAUUCGUCAUCGAUAAUCGCGAUGUAUGCAACAAAUUUUGGUUAAGAUAAACUGUGACGUUCAGGCAUGCGUGAAGGAAUGGUCUAUAACAGGCCAGAAAUUCACGCCUAAAACCUAGUAAAUUGGACUUGUAAUGAAACCGAGGGAAAGUCGUUUCACAUUAGCCGCCCGUGCCUCCUCGAGACGGAUCCCGCAAGGCUGAUUAGCAGUAAUCACGCAUAAAAAUUUUAGUCCAUUCGGCUUUGUAUUUACCUUCCUAAUGAUUGUUGCGGGCAACAAGGGGGCUUGAAAUCGAAAAUUCCAGGUUGUUAUCAGGCAUAGUGCACGGCGCGUAUUUAGCCUGCUUCGUUUGGAUUUCCAUCAAGAAUGGAUGAAAUAUGCACAGAAAAAAGUCUCUUUUGACGCGUCUUUGAUGUAAUCCUAGGUGUUUUAAUCAUUUAUAGCGUGUUUAAUUGACACGCUAUUGUCAUUUCCAUGUUUAUCGGCUACUGUCAUGCCUUAAACUACGUGUAAACGGACGCAACAACUCCCAAUAUUGUUGGGCCUAGAAUGUUGGGAGUUGUUGCGUCCCUAACUGGAAACAUAACGUAAACACCUGUGUUUCCGUGCACGUUGGCGGUGGUGGGCAAACGGAUGCAACAACUUCCAACAACACGCAACAACAUGCAACAGGGUGGGCGAAAGGACGCAACAUGUAACAUCCAAUGUUGGGAGUUGUAGGCCAACAAUGCUGCGACUGUUUGCAAGGGGCGUUAAUAGUGGAUGCUGUUAGUAAAUGUGGCACAGAUCAUUUUUGACAUUUACUUGCAUGUACAUGUACAGGUGGACGGACUUCUGGACGGUCACGUGAUUACAAAAACUUUUCACAUCUGUCAGGGGCGGAUCCAGGAUUUUUUUUAGGAGGGGUGCACUCGUCUCUUGCUCUACUUCAACACCAAUAAACCACAUAGUUUUUGUUUUGCAGAAUACCAGUUGUAGAAAACUGCAGGUCAUCUCAGGAAGGGGGGGGGGGGGUUGCGCACCCCCUGCACCCUCCCCCUAGAUCCGCCCGUCUAUAGGUUACAAUUUUUUCUUACGCAUGGUGCUCUGCACGUGCGAGAGCUCUGCUAUAGUUUUGUGUUGUCAUAACUAUCAAGAUUGAAGGGUUAACCGCAACAUCUUAUUAGCCCCGGUUAUAUAAGAGUUAUUGAAAGAACGCUUUCUUAAUGCUGUUGAGUGUUGAUACCCACCUGUGGUGGUUUGUGGGUACAAGGUUCAUUCCAAGUCGUCUCUGCAACGACCACCCAAAAUUCUUCCAAUUCGCUGUUGGCAUUUUCUCUUGACAGUUUGUAACUUUGACAUUAACCCUUAAGUAAUCUAUCGUAAAAAUUGUAAUAACGCCGUUCUAAAUGUCUUGCCUCAUACACUGGUUUAUCGGAGGACCUGUUUGCUAAAAACUGCCCCAUCAACCUUUUUGACAAAAAAAUAAUAAUGUUAUUUGAAUCUUCUAUUUCCUUUUCCCCCUUAACAGAUUUUCUCUAAAAUUGAAAAAUAUUACUUUUUAAAGACCAACAUUACACUAAACAUUUUAGUUUGUUUAAUUAUAAUUCUUUUGCAUUCUUGUUAUUUUCACUAGAUAUAAGAUUUUAGUUCCGCUGGACGCAAGUAUUGCAGUAGUGCAAGGGGCAGUGAUGUUUGGUCAAAAGCCGCACGCAAUUGAUUCCAGAAUCAUGUCCACAACUUACGGUUUUGAAACCAACCAACGCUUUGAUCCCAUACUUCAUCCCAUGGAGAAGAAGUACAUUGUAGACGAUGUCGCUUAUUGUAAAGAUUGUUUUGUUGUCAUGGUUAAAGAAAAAGAAAUGGUAAAAAUAGGAGAGAUGAAAAGAUUUCCAAAUUACAAGCCAUUGGGAAAAAGUCAAACAAGCGUUCGGUUCGAGUUUUUCACCUCUACCGACCCAAAGGUAAAAUACAUUACUGAUGAUGCAGUGGGGCCUUCGAUAGGAAAAGUUGUCGUCGAAUCUCCUGAUAUCUCAAAGGGCACUGACCGAAAUAUUGACGUUUGCGUCUAUUUUGGAGGCACGGAAAUCAAAGUGACAGCAAUUGAUCUUACAAGUCGUAACACUGCCACCGCAUAUUUGGAUUUUUUGUGCAAGAAUUAG